AGUUUAAAUACUUUUCAAUUCGAAUAUUCUCUAUCCUCGCUCUAUUUAGCAAUUUAAUUCAACCAACGAACACACCGCUACAAAUACAUCUUACAUCCCUUGAAAUAUUUCACCACGAUAAUUAUUCCUGAAAGAUGCAAUUGAACUUCAGUUGUAUUUUACUCUCUUGUAUUUCUUAUCAAUUAAAUAAACAGCAACACGCACGAUCGAAACUUUUGAGAUUGCUACGUUACGGGCUUAUCGCCUCUGUAAGUAAUAAGUAGCGUGAUUGUGCCGUUAAUGUUGCAUUAGUGUGUUGCACUCCGUAGUUUCGGUGCAUUAAUUUCUCUACCUACGACACGAUGCGAUAGAUAGUAGCGCGUAGAACGCGUCUCGAUAAGUUGCACGACCAGAAAAUAUCCCGCAGAGAUCGAGAUAUUCUUUUUCCUCUUGCGCCGUUUCGAGCAGGAUUUCGAACGAUCGCAAACACGCACUCGUAAAGGUUAGACAUAAUUAGGAAAGAGGAAAUCGCACAGCCACAUAGUUCGAUGCAGCUUUGAUAAAAUAGAUUGUCAGGCUUGUGUGCAGGGAGUCGAGCAAGAGGCGAAAAUGGAUAGUAGUAAAGCGGAUGACGAAAAUCAACGUAAUAUUAAUGAUGGGGACUGGAUUUGUCCCGACUCUCAUGCUGAUGAUUGGCAGUGCAGUAAAUGUGGAAAUGUAAACUGGGCACGACGACAACAGUGUAACAUGUGUAACGCACCGAAAUUCGGAGAAAUUGAAGAACGUACAGGAUAUGGAGGGGGAUAUAAUGAUCGAGGAGUCGUUGAAUACAAAGAAAGAAGAGACGAUGAUGAUGAAUAUGAUGAAUUUGGACGUCGUAAAAAGAAACGAAAGAUUGAAAACCGUUCAGAUGAUGAUUCCAAAGAUUCUAGGUAUAGCAGCCCACCACGUAACAAGUCUAAGGACGAAGAUGAAAAAGAUGAAGUAGAAAAUGAAGAAGAUCAAAAUGUGAGAGGAAAUUCCAUGAGCGAAAAAAAUUGCUCGACUACUAAAAGAUAUAAUACAACGCAACAAAUUUAGUGAUUUAGUGAGCACCUUUGGAUAAAGUGAUGGACAAUAUACUUAUUACAAAGGGAAUCGAUUAACAAAUAAGCUUUACAUUUCGUGAUUGAACUCAAAACUUCGUUUGACUCUGUGAAGAGUGAAAUGUAGGUUACUUAUUUGCGCAAUAUUAUAUUAAAUAUUGCAUAGUAAUGCGAAAAUUCGUAAAAUACUUGGCGCAGGUAGAAUAUUUCGCCAGUAAAUGAAAACAAGAAAAAAAAAAAAAA